AUGCCUUUGAGAGACACCUGGGUGCUUUGGGAGCAGGCUGUGCCUCCGAAUGAUGGCAAGGGCUCAGCCUAUUCCGACUCCAUGAAGGAAAUUGUGCCGUUCAAGACUGCACAGGAGUUCUGGAGCAUCUGGAACGGCGUGCCCCAACCGAGUGAGCUUCUGGACAACAAGCGCAUCACGAGAGACAAUGCGGGCACCCAGAUGGCAAUUGAUGCCAUCAUGAUCUUUAAGCAGGGGGUCAAGCCAGAAUGGGAAGAUCCUCUGAAUGCGAGUGGAGGGCACUUCCAGGUGCAGCUCAAGGGUAGCAUUGGCGGAGCACAGAUAGACGAGUACUGGAACAACAUUGUUCUGGGAAUGGUCGGGGGCACUCUCGAGCCCUAUGACAUGAUCACAGGAGUCCGGCUAGUGGACAAGCUUUCAGGAGCAAAGGCUGCUGGCAUCCUCAGGAUCGAGCUUUGGUUCUCCAAGUACGACCAACAAGACGCGGUCAACACAUUAAAAAAGAGCAUGGAAAAGUGCAUGUGUGAAAAGCUGGAUGGCUCCGCGGGGACUGCAGUGAAGAUAGAGCUCAAACGUGCGGCCCCCAACUGCUUGGAGAACAUAUUUCAGCGCUGGUGUGCGCAUGGUUGA